CGGGGCCCGCCGGGACUCGCCCCCCUGCCCGCCCCUCUCCUCUAGCCCUGGUCGGCCUCGGCUCGGCCCCCGGCCCGCCCCUUCCAGCCCUCGGCACCACCCGCCGGCCGCUGGGCUCCACCACUCUGCACUCGCUGCCGGGGCCGCCUGGACAGGGAGCUUCGCUGGCGCGCUUAGCCGGCGACAGGGCAGGUUCGGGACGUCCAUCUGUCCGUCCGUCCGGAGAGAAAUUACAGAUCCGCAGCCCCGGGAUGGGACCGGCCCCGCUGCCGCUGCCGCUGCUGCUGGGCCUCUUCCUCCCCGCGCUCUGGAGUAGAGCAAUCACUGAGGCAAGGGAAGAAGCCAAGCCUUACCCGCUAUUCCCAGGACCUUUGCCAGGGAGCCUGCAAACUGACCACACAUCGUUGUUAUCCCUUCCUCACACCAGUGGGUACCAGCCUGCCUUGAUGUUUUCACCAACCCAGCCUGGAAGACCAUAUACAGGAAAUGUAGCCAUUCCCCGGGUGACCUCUGCCGGGUCAAAGCUCCUACCACCUCUUGCCUUCAAACACACAGUUGGACACAUAAUACUUUCUGAACAUAAAGAUGUCAAAUUUAAUUGUUCAAUCAGUGUACCUAAUGUAUACCAGGACACCACAAUUUCUUGGUGGAAAGAUGGGAAGGAAUUGCUUGGGGCACAUCAUGCAAUUACACAGUUUUAUCCAGAUGAUGAAGUUACAGCAAUAAUCGCUUCCUUCAGGUAUGUGUUCUUUCUUCCUUUUUUAUUUUUUUAUUACCCUAUCGUCCCUGCCUUCCACCUCUCCUCACUGCCUCCCAGUGCUGAUGUAUCCCCCGUGCACUGUGGGGCAGGAAGAGAUGGAAGAGAUCCAGCUGUCAUGUCUCAGAAUGCUGCAGAUGGGCAGGAUGAAAUUCUUGGGGGUGGUGGAAGAGUCAUGGAGGAAAACUUCUUGCUGCUGGGGAACAGUCGUUUCACUGGGUGUUGGUGUCAAGAUAUUCAAGGCCUGACGGAGAUGGCGGUCUUCAGUUGUGAGGCCCACAAUGACAAAGGGCUGACCGUAUCCAAGGGAGUGCAGAUCAACAUCAAAGCAAUUCCCUCCCCACCAACUGAAGUCAGCAUCCAUAACAGCACUGCACACAGCAUUCUGAUCUCCUGGGUCCCUGGUUUUGAUGGAUACUCCCCGUUCAGGAAUUGCAGCGUUCAGGUCAAGGAAGUUGAUCCACUGAGUAAUGGCUCAGUCAUGAUUUUUAACACCUCUGCCUCACCACAUAUGUAUCAAAUCAAGCAGCUGCAAGCCCUGGCUAAUUACAGCAUUGGCGUUUCCUGCAUGAAUGAAAUAGGCUGGUCGGCAGUGAGCCCUUGGAUUCUAGCCAGCACGACUGAAGGAGCCCCGUCAGUAGCACCUUUAAACGUCACUGUGUUUCUGAAUGAAUCUAGAGAUAAUGUGGACAUCAGAUGGAUGAAGCCUCCGACCAAGCGGCAGGCUGGAGAACUGGUGGGCUACCGGAUAUCCCAUGUGUGGCAGAGUGCAGGGAUUUCCAAAGAGCUCUUGGAGGAAGUUGGCCAGAAUAACAGCCGAGCUCAGAUCUCUGUUCAAGUCCACAAUGCUACGUGCACAGUGAGGAUUGCAGCCGUCACAAAAGGGGGAGUCGGGCCCUUCAGUGACCCCGUGAAAGUAUUUAUCCCUGCGCACGGUUGGGUAGAUCAUGCCCCCUCUUCAACUCCAGCACCUGGCAACGCAGAUCCUGUGCUCAUCAUCUUUGGCUGCUUUUGUGGAUUUAUUUUGAUUGGGUUGGUUUUAUACAUCUCCUUGGCCGUCAGAAAAAGAGUUCAGGAGACAAAGUUUGGGAAUGCAUUCACAGAGGAGGAUUCUGAAUUAGUGGUAAAUUAUAUAGCAAAGAAGUCCUUCUGUCGGCGAGCCAUUGAACUUACCUUACAUAGCUUGGGAGUCAGCGAGGAACUACAAAAUAAACUAGAAGAUGUUGUGAUUGACAGGAAUCUUCUAAUUCUUGGAAAAAUUCUGGGCGAAGGAGAGUUUGGGUCUGUAAUGGAAGGAAAUCUUAAGCAGGAAGAUGGGACCUCUCAGAAAGUGGCAGUGAAGACCAUGAAGUUGGACAACUUUUCACAGCGGGAGAUCGAGGAGUUUCUCAGUGAGGCAGCGUGCAUGAAAGAUUUCAGCCACCCAAAUGUCAUUCGACUUCUAGGUGUAUGUAUAGAAAUGAGCUCUCAAGGCAUCCCAAAGCCUAUGGUAAUUUUACCCUUCAUGAAAUACGGGGACCUGCAUACUUACUUACUUUAUUCCCGAUUGGAGACAGGACCAAAGCAUAUUCCUCUGCAGACACUACUGAAGUUCAUGAUGGAUAUUGCCCUGGGAAUGGAGUAUCUGAGCAACAGGAAUUUUCUUCAUCGAGAUUUAGCUGCUCGAAACUGCAUGUUGCGAGAUGACAUGACUGUCUGUGUUGCGGACUUCGGCCUCUCUAAGAAGAUUUACAGCGGCGAUUACUACCGCCAAGGCCGCAUUGCUAAGAUGCCUGUUAAAUGGAUCGCCAUAGAAAGUCUUGCAGACCGAGUCUACACGAGUAAAAGUGACGUGUGGGCAUUUGGCGUGACCAUGUGGGAAAUAGCUACGCGGGGAAUGACUCCCUAUCCCGGGGUCCAGAACCAUGAGAUGUAUGACUAUCUUCUCCAUGGACACAGGCUGAAGCAGCCCGAGGACUGCCUGGAUGAACUGUAUGAAAUAAUGUACUCUUGCUGGAGAACCGAUCCCCUGGACCGCCCCACCUUUUCAGUAUUGAGGCUGCAGCUAGAGAAACUCUUAGAAAGUUUGCCCGACGUUCGGAACCAAGCAGACGUCAUUUACAUCAACACACAGUUGCUGGAGAGCUCUGAGGGCCUGGCCGAGGGCUCCACGCUUGCUCCACUGGAUUUGAACAUUGACCCUGACUCUAUAAUUGCCUCCUGCAGUCCCCGCGCUGCCAUCAGCGUGGUCACAGCAGAAAUUCAUGACAGCAAACCUCAUGAAGGACGGUACAUCCUGAAUGGGGGCAGUGAGGAAUGGGAAGAUCUGACUUCUGCCGCCUCUGCUGCAGUCACAGCUGAAAAGAACAGUGUUUUACCGGGGGAGAGACUUGUUAGGAAUGGGGUCCCCUGGUCCCACUCGAGCACGCUGCCCUUGGGAAGCUCACUGCCUGAUGAACUUUUGUUUGCUGACGACUCCUCAGAAAGCUCAGAAGUCCUGAUGUGAGGAGAGUUGCGGGGAGACAUUCCAAAAAUCAAGCCAAUUCUUCUGCUCUAGGAGAAUCCAGUUGUACCUGAUGUUUUUGGUAUUUGUCUUCCUUACCAAGUGAACUCCAUGGCCCCAAAGCACCAGAUGAAUGUUGUCAAGUAAGCUGUCAUUAAAAAUACAUAAUAUAUAUUUAUUUAAAGAGAAAAAAAUAUGUGUAUAUCAUGGAAAAAGACAAGGAUAUUUUAAUAAAACAUUACUUAUUUCACUGAUCUUGCAUAUCUUAAAAUGAAGCUUCAGCUGCUCCUUGAUAUUAACAUUUGUACAGAGUCGAAGUUGCUUUUUCAAGUUCUUUUCUUUUUCAUGACUAUGAAAUGUAAAAAUAUUUGUAAAAUGAAAUGCCAUAUUUAACUUGGCUUCUGGUCUUGAUGUAUUUGAUGAGAAUGAUUCAUUCAAUGUUUAAAGUUUUAUAAUGGAUUAAUUUUCUGAUACGGCUUCCUAAUAAAAUAUGAAUAAGGAA